CUGCAUUUUACGACAUUUCGCCGUGCAUGUGAUUUGCAUAUCAGAUCAUGUAAAAUGCCAACUCUAAAGUGCCAAUGAUUGCAGAAAAUAGUCAGCUAGAGUCGUUAUCAAUCGGUAGUUUAUGUUGCUGUGUUUGUCUUGUUCUUUCUAAACCUGACCACACUGGUCACACCUGGUGUGGAGAGAGGAAUAGCAUACCGUAGAAAGUAGAAUAGAUAUGCAGUAGCAACAACAAGCCUUGGCUCGUGUGAGAUGAUGGGAUUUUUAUUUUCUUUGAAUCAAAUCUAACCAAAAGCUUCAAUUGCUACCUGCAGAAGCAGACAAAAAAUGUUGUUUAUAGAAUAGCACACCAGACUUCGUUGGUUUGCAGCCUCUGGUUUUACCCACACCCUUUCUGUUCGGAUAUAUAACACAUCAGAGAAAAUGGCGGAACAUGAGAAGGAAGGACCGACCCAAACAAUGCAGGAGAACCAAGAUGAAGAUGAACCCCAUUAUACUGAUGACGCUAAGACAAGCAAGAUGCAAGACGACGCAAGUUUCGAGGAAAAGCUCAUUGAAGAGGUCAGAAGGUACAACAAUUUGUACAACACCACAUUGAAAGACUAUAAAGACUUCACAAUAACCAGCAACAGCUGGAAGGAGAUAGCCCAAACUCUGGGAGUAGAAGAACAGAUUUGCAGGACGAAAUGGAAGAAAUUGAGAGACCGAUAUGUCAGACUGAGGAGGAAAAUUAAGGGGAAGAGUGGGGAUGCAGCAUCAGGAAUACAACCACAAAUACUCACCACGCUGUCCUGGCUGUCUGGCUUCAUUAAACACAAGGAGACCAAGUCAGACUAUCCACAGGCAGAGGAGAUGGACACCCCAGAAGACCUGCAAGAUGACAACCUGAUCGAGCGGGAACACUUCCACAGUUCUAAUAAUGAACAGCAAGAUGGACAUUUGGUAGUUAGGAGGAAUGUAAUAUUAGAACGAACUAAAUUCAACCAAAGACAACAGGAAGCAGGAGAGACAGCUGAUGAUUUUAUCACUGCACUUCAUUGUUUGUCAGAACAUUGCGGUUAUGGAGCUCUGCUCAGUGAGAUGAUAAGAGACAGACUAGUUGCAGGCUUACUUGACAGAAGACUGUCCAAGCAAUUACAAAUGGACCCAGAACUCACACUGGAUAAAGCUGUCGCACGCAUUCGUCAAACUGAAAUUGUGGAAAAGCAACAGUACCUGCCGGAGAAUAACUUCAAAGCUGCCAGCAGAAGAGAAAAUGAAGGCUGUGUGCUUUCAUAUAGAAAGCAUCAAUGCCCAGCCAAUGUCCAGUGCCAAUCAGAGAAGAAUAAUCAAAACUCAGAAAGGCUACAACAACCCCAAACAACACAGGAGAAGGAAGAGGAGCCCAUAGAUACUGAUGACACUGAUGGCUUCAGUCCUGGAGGAGAAAAGCCUCACUACUGCGCCUACUGCAGUAGGAGCUUUCAAAAAGUGAGGGAUCUUAUAAGACACCGACGAACACAUACUGGAGAGAAGCCUCACCACUGCCCUGAUUGUGACAGAAGGUUUGCUCGAUUAGAUAAGCUUAAAUUACACCAGCAAACACACACUGGAGAGAAGCCUCACCACUGCCCUGAUUGCGGCAGAAGUUUUGCUCGAUUAGAUAAGCUAAAGAUCCACAAAGAAAUACACAUAGGAGUGAAGUCUCACCACUGCCCUGAUUGCAACAGAGGUUUUGCUCGUUUAGAUAAGCUUAAGUCACACCAAAAAAAACAUGCAAAAGACAAACAUAUUUGUCACUCUUCUGACUGUGUGAAAAGUUUUGUCCUAUUGGAGAAGCUUGAAAAACACCAGCUGGAGAAUACCUUCAAAGCUACCAGCAGUGCAUCCAAUGUAGACUGGGUGCUCACACAGCAGAAAACAUUCAGCAAAGUCAGAGGGAGUAAAAGGCAGCAGAGUAAAGUACGAGCUAGAGCUCCAGGAAAGAGAACACCAACACAUAGCAAAACAGUACAGGAGAAGGAAGAGGAGCCCCUAGAUACUGAUGACUCUGAUGAUUGGACCGAGGGUUUCAGUCCUGGAGGGGAGAAGCCACACUACUGCUUUGACUGCGGUAAGAACUUUAGAAAAGUGAGGGAUCUUAUAAGACACCAGCGAACACAUACGGGAGAAAAACCUCACCACUGCCCUGUUUGUGACAGAACUUUCGCUAGAUUAGAUAAACUUAAAUUACACCAAGAAAUACAUACAGGAGUGAAGCCUCACCACUGCCCUGAUUGUGAGAAAAGUUUUGCUCGAUUAGAUAAUCUUAAAUUACACCAAAAAAUACAUAUUAAAGGGGAACAUAAUGUCACACUGAACCAUCAAACUGAAAUUAAUGUAGACUGUGUGCACACACAGCAGAGAACAGCCAGCAGAGGCAGGCAGAAGAGUCAAAUGCGAGCUAGUGCACCAGGGAAAAGAAUGGUCCAGUCACAGCCAGGCAAAGACUCCCCUUACAAAAGUUCAGUUCGAAAGAAUCAACACUCAGAAAAACUGCAACAACCCCAAAAAACGCAGGAGAAUGAAGAGGAUCCUGAAGGUACUUCUGAUAACUGGACCGAGAGUACUGUAGAGAAGCCAUACAUCUGCUCCGACUGUGGUAAGAGCUUCAGACUAGAGAAUCGUCUUAUAAGACAUCAGCGAACACAUACAGGAGAGAAGCCUUACGACUGCCCUGACUGUGACAAAUGUUUUGCGCGAUUAGAUCAUGUUAAGUCACACCAAAAAACACACAUGAAGGAGGAACGCAAUUUCCACUGCUCUGACUGUGUGAAAAGCUUUGUCCUAUUGGAACAGCUUGAAAAACAUCAGCUAACACACAAGAAAAGUUACAGCUGUUCAAAGUGUGAGGAAAGGUUUUCAGACCUGGUUGACUGGAAAGCACACUUUUUAGUACACAGAGAGAUCCUCCACUGUCCUGACUGUAACAAGCAGUUCUUGUACAAGGGACUUUUUGAAAGACACAGGAGAACACAUUUGAGAAAAAGAGAGAAAUUUCUCUGCACAAUAUGUGGGAAGGAGAUUCACAACUUUAAAAUACACAUGCGAGUACACACUGGAGAGAAACCAUAUCACUGCACUGAGUGUGGGAAGAGUUUUGCAUAUACAAAAUCGUACAAAACACAUAUAUUAACACAUACCUCUGGAGAAAGAGCAACCUAUCCUUGUUUGGAAUGUGGAAAGAGAUUUACUCGCAUAGAUGGCAUGGUGAGACACGUGAGGAGGGUUCAUACUGGAGAGAGAAAUCAUCAGUGCGGAGACUGUGGAAAAAGAUUCUUUCGAAAAGAGUCACUGAAGAGACACAGUCUAGUUCACACUGGAGAGAAACCAUACCAAUGCUCUGUCUGUGGGCAACGCUUCUCCCAAGAUGGCGACAGAAAACGGCACGAGAAGAGGCACUACUCUGGUGUCUCAGAUUUCCUCGAUCUAUAAUGCAGAAGUGGGGUUUGGCAUUGCAGGAACCCACCCAAUGUGAUUUCAAACCAGUUGUUAUUUUGCCUCCAGGUGGCCUGGAAUUGCCACCACAGACUGUAGAAAAGACACAGACAGACUGUUGCUGAUACACAACAAGUCUGAGUAUUACUGUUUUCAUAGUAUUUUUUUAUUUUUUAUUUUUUAAAUGUGUUUUAAUAUUUAAUUUAAUAUUGUUUCAAAAAGGCAUAGUAUACUAUCAAUAGCGGUCAUUGUUAAAUGAUGGGCCUUCCCCAUAAGUGGUUUGCAGUCAGCUAUAUUGUAUUAAAGAUGCACAAUGCAGAUAUCGCUCCACAAUUUUCCUGGUUGCUAAAAUUCGAAUAGAUCGCUUAAUUUCAGUUUGUGACAUAACAAGCAAGGAUAGCGUACAAUGGUACCAUCUAUACUGGUUGUGAAAUAUAUUUUCCAGAACCAAAAAUAUUGUAUUUUCAGCUCGUGUCCAAAACCGAAAGUGGAAGAGGCAACUUCCGAACGGGAAGUGUAGAAAUGGCGCACCUAGAACAUAUCUAUUGCUUCUUAGACUUGAUUUCGAUGAGAAUUACAGAUCUAUAACACACAUUUAUGUGAAUUUGGUCGGGUCGCCUAAGAAGUUACAUAUUACAGCUUUAAUGUUGAUAUUUUGAUUAUCAGGUGGGCCACACGCUACUUUGAAAUAAUGCCUAUGAAAGGUUCCCAACUACAACCUUCAGCGAGUGUAUACGUUUGCCUGAAAUGUGCUCUUAAGCUGCAGAGGUCAAACAAUUUCUUCAGCUGGCUGCCACCUGUGAGGUAUCAGCGACCCAGAGUUAGGGCAGGGCGGGCAUAUACAGAUCAGAUGCACCACUGAACGCUACAGACAAAACCCAAUACCUUGCCUGGCUACCCAUUUACAUCGAUCCAGCCAACUGACCUUUCUUGUCCACUAUGAGUCUGCAUUUGCUUUAGAUUUCUAGAAUACGAACGCCAUUCUGACCGUUCUGAUUGGUCCCAGAAAUCAAUGGGUUGGCCCAGCGCCAGCCUCCAUGAUGAUGUUAUCACUUUUGAUGCUUUGCAUGGAUAAGAUUUGUUAGACUAAUUUUUGAAGUCGCACAAACGACUUCUAGGAUGGCAACGCCUUCAGAAAGUAUUCAUACCCCUUGACUUAUGCCACAGUCUGUUGUGUUACAGCCUGAAUUCUAAAUAGAUUUUUUUCCUCACCCAUCUACACACAUUACCCCAUAAUGACAGUGUGAAAACAUGUUUUUUUAAAUGUUAGCAAAUGUAUAGAAAAUGAAAUACAGAAUUGACACCCCUUUCAUAUGACACUCCAAAUUGAGUUCAUGUGGAUCCAGUUUCCUUCGAUCAUCCUUGAGAUGUCACUACAACUUCAUUAGAGUCCACCUGUGGCUUUAUAUAGACAGGUGUGUUUCUUUCGAAAGGUCCCACAGUUGUCAGUGCAUGUCAGAGCAGAAACUGUACCCUGAAGUCCAAGGAACUGUCCAUAGAUCUCAGAGAGAAUUGUGAUGAUGCAUAUAUCCAGGAAAGGGUUUCGUAUAAAACCAUUUCUAGAGUGUUGAAAGUUUCCAAGAGCACAGUGGUCUCCCUCAUUGGGAAAUUGAAAAAAUGCGGAACUACCCAGACUGCCUAGAGCUGGCCGUCCGACUAAACUGAGCAACCGGGUAAAAAGGACCUUGGUCAGGGAGGUGACCAAGAAUCCAAUGACCAUUCUGAAAGAACUAGAGUUCCUUGACUGAUGUGAAAAACAUGUCAGAAGGACGACAGUCUGUACAGCACCACCAAUCUGGGAUUUACGGGAGAGUGACCAGACAGAAGCUACUCCUUGAGAAUUAGGCACAUGACAGCACCCCUGGAGUUGCAGAAAAGUAUGAACGACUGAAAGAAUAAGGCAAAAGAUUCUGUAGUAUGAUAAGAUCACUUUUACUCUUUGGCCUGAAUGCAAAGCGCUAUGUCUGGAGAAAACCAGGUACAACUCAUCACUCGUCUAUUACCAUCCCUUUUGUGAAGCAUGAUAAUGGCAGCAUCCUGCUAUGUGGAUGCUUUUCAGUGGCAUGGACUGGGAGACUGGUAAGGAUGGUGGGAACAAUGAAUGGAGCCAGAUACAGGCAGAUCCUUGAUGAGAACCUGCUUCAGAGUGUAAACGACCUUAGACUGGGGCGAAGAUUUACGUUCCAACAGGACAAUGACUCCAAGUAUACAGCCAAAGCAAUGCUGGGAUGGCUUCAGAACAAGAAUGUGAAAGUCCUUGAGUGGCCCAGACUUGAAUCCCAUUGAAAAUCUGUGGAAAGACUAAGAUUGCUGUUCACCACCACUCCCCAUCUAAUUUAACAGAGGUUGAGAAAAUCUACAAGGAAGACUGGGAGAAAACCCAGAUGUGCCACGCUGAUACAGACAUACACGACUAAAAGAUGGAAUCGCUGCCAAAGGUGCUUCUACAAAGUAUUGCCUCAGGGGUGUGAAUUAUGUAAAUUAGAGAUUUAAUUUUCAAUACAUUUUUUAAAACAUGUUAUCCCUUUUGUCAUUUUGGGUAGAUGGGCGCACAUUUUUUUUUAAUUGUUGAAUUCAGGCUGUAAUACAAUGUGGUCAAGUGGUAUCAAUACUUUCUGAAGCCAAUGUAUGUAGUGAUGAAUAGAGCAGCAGAAUUAGGUUCAGGGUGUCGUCAGGCAACCCAAUACCUUCAGUAGUUAGGCUUUUAAACGUCACUCGAUGGGGAAGAGGUUCACAGUUAAGAGGUUUCUGCUUUUAAUCAUGUUCUUAUUUGUAUAUUAUUAUUCCCACUAUGUAAUACAAGCUGCAUUGCAAACUAGAAUUUUGAAUAAAAGAUAAGUAGGAGAGA